AUGGCGGCGGCCAAGGUCACAGGCUCUUGGAAGCGCCUCUGCGAUGUCGAAGCGCUCCGCCGCUCCUCCCAGGUGAUUUCCUCUUUUGGCAAUCAGCUAUUCCUUUUCGGCGGAGAAAUCCAGCCCAGAUUGCCCGUCGACAACCAUGUCCGUCUUGUUCACCUGGACGGCGGCGACGGUGAGCAGACCCCCGCCGUAUCGACCGUGAAGGCCGACCCCAGCCCCGGCUCUCCCUCGCCGCGAGUCGGAUCCGCAUCGACGCUGCUGGGCAAUGUCGUCUACCUUUUCUCCGGGCGCGGCGGCGAGGCCAUGGCGCCGAUUGAGGAAAGGGGCUCAUUGUGGGCAUACGAUCGCAAUACCUCCAAGUGGUCCACGGUUGCUCCGCUCAGCGCAAGCGCCCCCUAUCCGCCCGCUCGCAGCUACCACUGCCUAGCCAGUGAUGGCAGAAGCAAUAUUUUCGUCCAUGCUGGCUGCCCCGAGAAGGGCCGGCUGGCGGACCUGUGGUCUUUUGAUUUAGCCACCAAAGAGUGGGCGGAGCUCGCUUCUGCACCGGGUCCGCCGCGCGGGGGCGCAUCCAUCGCCUAUGCCCAGGGCAGGUUGUACAGAAUGAACGGCUUCGAUGGCACCAGCGAGCUGGGCGGCAGUCUCGACGUCUACGACCCCGCCGCCAACACCUGGUCGUCGAUCAAGUACGCGGCCGACGGGAACGAGGGCCCAAAGGCGCGCAGCGUGAGCGCGCUGCUACACGUCCACGUCAUGGGUCGGGCCUCACUGGUGACGCUCUUUGGCGAGCAUGACCCCAGCGCACUGGGGCAUCAGGGCGCUGGCAGGAUGCUGCAGGAUGUGUGGGUGUUUGACAUCGAAUCAGCGCAAUGGGCCAAGGCGGUUGGUGGCGCAUCCAUCUCGGCUUCGUCGGCAAACGAGCUGCCCCCCGCCCGCGGCUGGUUUGCCGCAACCGUGAGGGACGCCGGCCAGCCGGGCGCGAUCCUGGUGCACGGCGGACUGGCCGAGACGAACGAGCGGCUGGGCGACGUGUGGCAGCUGGAGCUGGAGCUGGCGGCGUGA